ACAUUUGUUUAAGUUCUACAGGCACAUGAAGCCCACAGCUGCAAUGUUGGGACAGAUUGGGCAGGUAUUGGUGGCCUUGGCGUGCUAAAAUUAUCCAGCUGCCAAGUAUGAAGUUUAAACUUGAAAUUAGGUAGUCAGCGUGGAAAAGUACAAGAGCUGAUGAGCAUUAAUAUUUAAAAUCUUAUCUUAUUGGUUAUGCAUCCAUCAAGGAAAUGCAGAGUCAAUGAUACAUAUCAAAGAAAAAGGCUGCAAGUGGAGCAAAGUUUUGAUAGGGUGAAGCCGUCAACUCCUGGGGACAUAGAGGAGGAAAGCAGCAACAAUUGUUGGUGCUUGCUCUCUUGGAUACUCCAGGAUGAUGAAACUGUCGAAGCAGUCUCUCAUAUAUAGUGAGAAUCUGACACUUCCCUCUGUGAUAGUAAUCAAAGCGAGUGUGGGAUGCGGCAGAUGCCAAGAGAGAAUAUGUCAAAUUAUUUCAAGGAUGACUGAAUUAAGUGAGUACACAGUGGAUGUCCAUAAUAAAGAAGUGAUUCUGAAGGGGAAUUUCAGAAAUAAUUGCAAAGGCAAUGAUAUUGAAUAUCUGGAGAUACAAAUGAAGGGAAAAUGCUGUCUGCUGCGAUUAAUAAUUCACUCUUUUAGAGCUUCUUGCUUUUGGGUUUGGAGAUAUAUAUGUCAGUGAUAAGAAAACAUUUCAAUGCUUUUGGGUUUGGAUAUAUGGCAAUGAAACAAUAGCUAUUGAAUAAAUAUAAAUAGUGUUUGAAUUACAUGUACACUGUCAAGAAUUAAUUCGUUCGAAAACUGUAGACAAAAUAAGUUAACAUUGAUAUGGAGUUCAAUACAGUCUCGUACUUCAAUUUUUCUUUUUCGUA